GUCGGGCUCGACCUCACAGCUCUGGUACUCCAAGGAGGUGGGCCCGAUGCACGUCGUCAAUCUCUGCUCGUAUGCGGCCACCUUCAACGGCUCCUUCCAGUACGACUGGCUCGUCGCGGAUUUGGCGUCGGUCAACCGCAACAAAACGCCAUGGCUCAUCGCCAAUUUUCACUGCGAGCGCGUUGUUGCACCGCCCCCGCACCCUGCCCCACUACACCCACCGCCCCGGUACAACUCGAACAAAAAGCACCAGGGCGAGGCCGAGCCCAUGCGUCUCGACAUGGAGGAGCUGCUCUACGAUGCGGGCGUCGACAUCGUGAUCAACGGCCACGUCCAUGCCUACGAGCGGUCGGUGCCCGUGUACAACGCUUGCCUGAACGAAUGCGCGCCCAACUACGUUGUCAUCGGCGACGGUGGCAACUACGAGGGCGCCAGCACGCAGUGGAUCCAGCCGCCGCCGUGGUCAAAGGUGCGCGAGUCGUCUUUCGGUGUUGGGUUCCUCACCAUCAUCAACGACACGCACGCCUUUUACAACUGGUCGCGCUCCGCCUGCGAGUCCAAGGAUGCCGACGCCCACUUUGUGGAUCUGGACGGAGCAGGCUGUUCGGGGGGGCUCAACAAAGGCUCGACGCAGUUUUCGUCCGACUCGACCUACUUUGUUCGCGAGGAGCCGAGCAUGCGCAAGCCCGAGCAUAACCCGUCGUGCCCGGAUAAGAAGCGCAAGCCGUGCGGCGGCUCGACCUGCUACUGUGAGUACAAGUACAACUCUCACGGAACCCGCAGCGUGCUCUUCUCGAGUCUGCCGCCGGAUUCGCGCGGAUGCUUCUGCUUCCAAGACGAAGCGUCGCCUGACGACGACAUGGUUGGUGGCGAGCACGCGUCCCCCCAGGCCAAGAUCAAGAAAAUGCGCAACCGGCUCGAAAUGUUGAUGGAGCACUGCGCCGUAGUGAUCCAAGCCGCCGAUGCGCAGGGCGCCCCUAUCGCGGAGGUGGACCCUUCUUGCGAGUGA